GUUUGUUGCCCUUCCGGCUUUCCGUAGUGUUGUACAACAAUUAGCGCCAAGUUGAAUCGAGGAGGAAAAUGCGCCGUAUACUUUAUGUAUACUGACGUUAUCGUGAUUUUGCUAUUAACUUAACUAUAUACACCUAGUAGUGCGUUUCAUGUUAACGCUAGGAACACGUAUUUGUUAAACGAGUGUUUAUAGUACCGGAGGAGUACACCGGCACAGACAAGAAGCAGACAGAGGUGGUAACUACGGACAAACGCUAGCAACACGGUGAGGCGAGACGUCUCAGCAUUACCACAGCCACAUAGAAUAGACGUGGAAAAUGCGGAGGAGUCUCGCUCCCAGUCAGAUUGCCAAACGCAAGCAGGAGGGAGACUACUGUGAAGAUGAGUGGACACAUAAACCUGAGAAAAGAAGAAAAGGCGAUAAUGAAAUGAGAGAGAACCACAUUUCUUUCCAUAGAAAGCCUCUGACGCAGAUCAACAACCGUCCUGCAUGUAUGGAUGGUGAAAAACAUGAGGCAUUUAUUCAAAGUAUCCUGUCCAAGCCGUUUAAAAUUCCUAUUCCAAAUUAUGCAGGAUCACUGGGAAUCAGGGCACUUGGUUUAAAGCGUGCAGGAGUGAGAAGACCACUCCAUGAUCCUUUUGCCGAAGAUGCUCUGAUUCUUUACGAGCCUCCAGCUCUGAGUGCCCAUGACCUGAUCAAAGCUGACAAAGAAAAACUACCCGUUCAUGUGGUUGUGGAUCCAGUGUUAGGCAAAGUGCUCAGACCCCAUCAGAGACAGGGUGUAAAGUUCAUGUGGGAGUGUGUGACGGGCCGACGCAUACCAGGAUCUUAUGGCUGCAUCAUGGCAGAUGAGAUGGGGUUGGGAAAGACCUUGCAGUGCAUCACCCUCAUGUGGACCCUGCUACGCCAAAGCCCUGAUACUAAGCCAGAGAUAGACAAGGCCAUUGUGGUGUCACCUUCGAGCUUGGUACAUAACUGGUAUAAUGAAGUCAGAAAGUGGCUGGGAACACGUAUCACACCAUUGGCCAUUGAUGGAGGAUCAAAGGAAGGCAUUAAUAAACAACUAGAGAGUUUCGUUUCGCAGCGCAGCUUGAGAGCACACACACCCAUCCUCAUCAUUUCAUAUGAGACAUUUCGACUGCAUGCUGAGGUUCUGCACAGGGGAAAAGUUGGACUUAUCAUCUGUGACGAAGGCCAUCGGCUUAAGAACUCUGAUAACCAGACAUAUCAGGCCCUGAACACCAUGAGUGCCCAGAGGAGAGUGCUGAUAUCAGGCACACCCAUACAGAAUGACCUUCUGGAGUACUUCAGCCUGGUCCACUUUGUUAAUGCUGGUAUUCUUGGCACAUCCCAGGAAUUUAAAAAGCGAUUCGAACUUCCCAUCCUUAAGGGACGGGAUGCAGAUGCCAGUGAUAAAGAAAGACUGAGUGGGGAAGAAAAACUGAAGGAGCUAAUCAGCAUAGUCAACAGGUGUUUGAUAAGGAGGACAUCUGAUAUCUUGUCCAAGUAUCUUCCUAUGAAAAUUGAGCAGAUUGUGUGCUGCAGGCUGACCCCUCUACAGACAGAGCUCUAUAAACACUUUCUAAAGCAGGCCAAACCCAUUGAGACAUUACAAAAGGGCAAAAUAAGCGUCUCCUCCCUGUCUUCCAUCACAUCACUCAAGAAACUGUGCAAUCAUCCAGCUCUUAUCUAUGAGAAGUGUGUGGAACGUGAGGAGGGAUUUGAGGGGGCAUUAGAACUUUUUCCUCCAAACUACUCCACCAAAGAUGUUGAACCUCAGCUCUCUGGGAAAAUGCUGGUUCUCGACUACAUUCUGGCAAUGACAAAGACCACAACAACAGACAAAGUGGUGCUUGUCUCUAACUACACACAGACUCUGGAUCUCUUUGAAAAGCUCUGCAGAUCUAGAAGAUACCUCUAUGUUCGGCUGGAUGGCACAAUGUCCAUCAAGAAAAGAGCCAAGAUUGUGGAAAAGUUCAACAGCCCAUCGAACCCAGAGUUCAUCUUCAUGCUGAGUAGCAAGGCUGGUGGAUGUGGCCUCAAUCUGAUUGGUGCUAACCGCUUGGUGAUGUUUGAUCCCGACUGGAACCCAGCGAAUGACGAGCAAGCAAUGGCUCGAGUGUGGAGAGAUGGUCAGAAGAAGACCUGCUACAUCUACCGACUUCUCUCUACGGGAACAAUUGAAGAGAAGAUCCUGCAAAGGCAGGCCCAUAAAAAAGCCCUGAGCAGCUGUGUGGUGGAUGAAGAGCAGGAUGUGGAGCGUCACUUCUCUCUGGGCGAACUCCGAGAACUCUUCACUCUCAACGAAGAGACCACUAGUGACACACACGACAAGUUUCGCUGUCGCCGCUGUGUGAAUGGCAGAGAAAUAAGACAACCUGACAAUGAUGCAGACUGUAACAGUGACCUCUCCCAUUGGAACCACUGUUCUGACAAGAAGGGCCUGAGGGACCAAGUGCUGAAAGCGUCUUGGGAUGCUGCUGUAUCCUUUGUCUUCCACCAGCGCUCUCAUGAGGACCAGAUGGGUGUAGUAUAGAAGAAAGAAGACUGAGUUACACGACCACAUAUGCUGUAAAUAUGGAUAUUUAUGUUUUGUUGAGUUUUUCCACUUGUUUUAAACAGAAAAAAUAAAGGUUGAUAAUCAGUCA